UGAAACCCUAACCUAAUUUUAUCGAUAAAAAUCCAAUUUUUGUUUCGAUUCUGCUUCCAAUUUCAAUGGCGAGUUCAGAAGAAGCCCUUGAAUCACUGUUCCGUGCUUCUAACUCCUCCAAUUUGGAAGACUCUUUAGAGAUUCUCAUUCGCAAUUCCAAAUCCGAUGCUGGGCGUUUCGACCUUGUUCUCCCUGCAGUGCUGAGUAUAAUUCGUUCACUCAAUAAUCAUGAUGAUGAUGUUCUCUCUUUAUGUUUCAAGCUCCUCAGAAACUUGUGUGCUGGGGAAAUUGCGAACCAGAACUCGUUCCUUGACCAUGGUGGGGUGGUUGUUGUUUCUGGAAUUUUGAGGUCACAUGCUGAUUCUGCAGACCCCCCUAACCAUGGCUUGGUUUGCUUGGGUCUGCAUGUUCUGGCCAAUGUUUCCUUGGCUGGGAACCACCAUCAACGUGCUAUUUGGGAAGAGCUUUAUCCCUCUGGGUUUUUGUCUCUUGCCACCAAGGAGACUUGUAAUCCAUUGUGUAUGCUAAUUUAUACUUGUUGUCAUGGAAGUGCUGAUUUCUUCAGAGACCUUUGCAGUGAUGAUGGCGGCCAUGUAAUGGCACAAAUCCUCAGAAGUGCUUCUUCUGCCUGUGUUGAUGAGGAUUGGAUAAAGUUGCUUCUUUCAAGAAUCUGCUUUGAAGAAUCUCAGUUUCCUGUCUUGUUUUCUAAGCUACUUCCUAUCGGUCAAGAUACCCAGUUAAAUGAUUAUGAGUUUUCAUCUGAACAAGCAUUUCUUUUGCAAAUUCUAUCUGGAAUUUUGAAUGACCGUACCAGAGACGUUGCUGUUUCAGAGGAUGUUGCAUUGUUUCUUUUUGGAAUAUUUAACAAGUCUAUUGGGGUUCUUGAGCAUGCCGGGAGAGGCACGUCUACUCUUCCUACUGGCUCUGCAGCUGUUGAUGUUCUUGGCUACACUCUUACUAUACUGAGGGACAUUUGUGCUCAAUGUAGUGGGGGGCGUAAUAAGGAGGAUCACAAAGACGUUGUUGAUGCGCUAUUAUCUUCCGGCCUCAUAGACUUUCUUUUGUCUUUGCUUCGGGAUCUUGAACCUCCAGCAAUAAUCAUAGAAGGAAUCAAGAAAUUUGAGAACCAAGAAGGUGCUCUUCAUUCCUCAAAACCAUGCCCUUACAAGGGCUUUAGGCGAGACAUAGUUGCACUCAUUGCCAAUUGUGUGUAUGGAAGGAAGCAUGCACAAGAUGAAAUCCGGCAUAGGAAUGGAAUUCUGCUACUCAUGCAGCAGUGUGUUACUGACGUAGAUAAUCCUUCCCUCAGAGAAUGGGGGAUAUGGUCUGUGAGGAAUAUGUUGGAGGGCAAUGAGGAGAAUCGAAACUUUGUUGCUGAACUGGAAGUAGAGUUGGAUGGCGAUGCUGAAAUUUCUGCACUUGGUCUAUGGGUCUAAGUUGAAUAGAGAACUAGACGUGCAAAGCAUGGAAAAGAUUACUAUGAGCUUGUUACAUUUUCUUCUGAGUUUGGUGAAUUGACUGUAUCUGCACAUCUUAACUAGUCUUUUCUAGUAUGGUGUCUUUAUCUGGGUUGGUUUUUUGUUUAGAUUCUUUUUUUUCCCCAUCUUUUCUUUUCAAAUUGAAGAUGCAGUUUCUAAUAUAAACAUAAUUUGCUGAGAUCCAAUAUAAGUUUGCUUGAUUAUUAUAAAAUCAUGUAUAUUAUUUGUUUCUA